UCCCACCCUGUCUGACUCCGUGCAUCUUGUCUCAGCUGUCCGCGCUGCGCUGCUCUCCUGUCUGUCUGUCCUGAGCUGAGCGCUGGCUGCGGUCAAACAACAGAGAGAGAGAGACAGCCUCCGGUUCUUCUGAUGGGAACACACACAGAUACAGCCUCCUACAGACACUUUACAGAGUUUGUUUCUCCUCUCAGAGCUGGUUACCUCCUCAGAGUUUCUCCAGGUUUUUGAGGGAAAACCAGCAGUAUCGUGAAGUAACAAGCUGGACCACAUCAGAUACUUUGUGCUCGUUAGCGCGGAUGCGAGGCUCUGUUUCAAUCACCACCAUGGACGGCUGAUUCACACACUCCACUGACCUCACAGAUCACAAUCGCACACCUCAGACCUUCAACACAGCCAGGCUCCACUCAUCAGUCAUCUUUGAUUUUCUGCCAGAGAUUCAGAUACUGGGAUUAGUAAUCAUCAGUGUUGCUAACAUUCCCAGACAGAGGAGGAAAGGAAUGGGAUAUGAAAGUCUUCAGCUUAACAAAGAACAUAAAUGAAUAUUUGCCAUGCUACAUGGGGCUCUGAACUCCACCCUGCUCUUACUCCUCGUCCCCGUCAUCUUCGCCGCAGCCCAUGGUCGCUCCUACGCUCGUUUUUCCCGCAAUGACACUGAAUUCCAGCACCUGGUGCUCCACCCAGACCCCUCUGUGGGGACGGUGUACGUGGGGGCCAGGGACCACCUCUUCCAGUUGAACGGAUCAGAUGGACUCCGGCUGGAGCAAGAGGAGAAGACCGGCCCCGUGAGCGACAGCAAAGACUGCCUUCCUCCGGUCACUGAGCUCAACUGUCCCCAGGCCAGGAGAACCAGCAACCACAACAAACUGCUUCUGGUGGAUCCGACGGCGUUGGAGUUGAUCACCUGCGGCAGCAUCCACCAGGGCACCUGCCAGAAACGCAACCUCACGUCGAUCAAGGAGGUUCUCUUCUCCACCGAGAGGCCCGUGGAUACGCAGUAUGUCGCGGCCAACGACCCGUCGGUGUCAACCGUGGGGCUGGUGGUGGGGCUCCGUGGCGGGGAAAGGACGGUGAUGUAUGUGGGAAGGGGCUAUACCGCCAGCCACCCGCCCAUCUCCACCCGCCACCUUUCAUCACCGCCCGUCUUUUCCUACGAGGAGACGGCCAAGCUGGCUGUGGCCGGGCGCCUGUCGGAAUACGACCACCACUUUGUGAUGGCGUUCACGCGGCGCACGUAUGUGUACUUCUUGUUUUACCGCCGUGACAUCAAGUCUGCAUCGAGGGAGUACCGGACCUACGCUGCCAGAGUGUGCUUGGACGACACCUCCUACUAUUCCUACGUGGAAGUUCCUCUUGUCUGCCGAUCCCCUUCCUCUUCCUCCAGGACUUACAACCUGCUCCAGGCUGCCCAGGUGGGACAAGGUGCAGGCCGGGAAGGCGAGGAUCUGCUGGGAGUCUUCUCAACCCGCGUCGGCUCCACAAACAACACUCCCUUGGAUGCCUCGGCUCUGUGCGUUUACCCGCUGGACGAGCUCGACGGACACAUCGACUCCACCCGUGACCUCUGCUACACCCAGGACGGCCGGGUGGAGGGAAGAGGAGAUGUGGCAUACAUAGAGUACGAGGUCAAGUCCAGCUGUGCCAACCUGCCCAAGAAUACCCUCAAGGCAUAUCCCUGCGGCUCCGACCACACCCCGAGUCCGAUGGCGAGCCGGGCACCGCUGGAAGCUAAAGCGGCGUGGCACACCUCGGCCGCCCGUCUCACUGCUGUGGCUGUCAGUGUCAGAGAGGGACACAGCAUCGCCUUCCUCGGAGACUCCAAAGGGACUCUGCACAAGGUAUAUCUGGGCCAAGAUGGCCAGGUGGAGGUAUAUGCGAACAUGACGAUCCAACCCAACUCACCCAUCAACAGUGACCUUUUAUUGGACCAGAAAGGAGCACACAUCUACAUCAUGACCAAAACUACUGUAGAGAAGCGUCCGGUGGCAGAAUGUGGAGACCACCUGGACUGUCAGUCCUGUCUGUCUGCCAAAGACCCCUAUUGUGGCUGGUGUGUCCUGGAGGGACGGUGUGGUCAGCGCUGGGAGUGCCAGCGAGGGUCUGUGCAAGGCCAGUGGCUAUGGAGUUUCAACCAGAUGCAGCAGUGCCUCAGUAUCCAGCGCCUGAGCCUCUACAACAUCAGCCGUGGGGAGAGGACUGAUAUCACAGUGUCAGUAGAGGGCCUCCCAAGCCUAGGAAAAGGAGAGGCCUACUCUUGCUUCUUCCAGGACACAGAAGCUCCUGCCUCACUCACUAACACCGGUGUGAUAUGCUCCACUCCUGAUGCCAGCAGUCUGCCCCCCAUUGGCCAUGGAGAUGAGUUUGUGAUGGUGACCCUCUCACUGCGUUUCACAAACGUGACGGUAGCAGAGACAGAAUUCACCUUCUACAACUGCAGUUUGGUCCAGCAGCUCUCUGGACGCAGGCCAUGCCAAGGGUGUGUUAGCAGUCGCUGGGGGUGUAACUGGUGUAUCCACCAGCAUGUCUGUACACACAAACACACCUGCAGCCAAGGAGUCACCAUCUACAACCAAAAUUUCAAACCGCCAACACCCACCAUCCCACCACCCACCAGAAAUUUGACCCCUUUACUUCCCACUGUCCGGGCUGCUACAACAACAGCAACAACAACAACAACAACCACAACAACAACAACAACAACACAGCCACCACCCACAGAGACACCUACCCCCACCACAGCAGCUGUCCCUUCAACUCCCACCACAGUGACACCACCCACCACCCCUAAUGCUGAACCCAUAUCUCCCCUUACCCUGGCCACAACUUCCCCCUUUGUCAGACUCUUCAGCCAGGCCACUACCAUACACAGCGACGUCACCACCACAAGCGGGUCCCUCCCUGAUGUGGAGGGGACGACGGAGGGAAACGGUGGCCCUGUAAGAGGUUUCUCAGAGGAUGAAGAGACUGAAACCUUGAAUAUCACUGUCGAAACUCCCCACACUACAUUACCCAGCAGCACUAGUGGCAAAGUAGACCCCGAACUGAUAUUUUUAGAGCCAUCUGGUGAAGUGGUGGGCUCUUCCUCUGAUGUAAGCUCAACCACCUCCAGCGAAGUGUCCCUUUUAAUAGACAUCCCUAUCGGUGACAAUACAGAGUCCAUUCCUCUGGCCGGCUCUGCAGAGAAUGACUCACAUCCAUUGUUCAGUGAGUGGGAGACGCCAGGGGGAGAGACCGACGUGGACUCUGGCGCCAGCGAAAAGCCGUUCCUCUACACACAAUCACCCGAAACAGUUAUUGACCCCAACUCUGUAUCUGCAGCAAACUACCAAUCAGAUUCUUCGACUGACUCUUAUUUUCCGGAAUGUCCGUGUGUGGAGAAAGUUCAGGAUUCCUCUCUUCUCCCUGUCAAUGUGGAGAGGAAAGUCACUCUGGUGGGACAACACCUAAACCUGUUUCAGGAUGACAAUUUGGACUACGAGUGUGUGUUGGACAUUGAGAAUCAGUCAGUGGUGGUGGAUGCCUCCGUGGAGCCAGAUGCCACACAACAAUCAAUCUUCUUUAUCACCUGUCAACCUCACCAGUAUGCCUAUUCUGCCUUGAUGGAGGAAUACCCGGCCAUGAUCAACGUGAGAAGAAAAAACAACUUCCUCAUCGACAGCGCUGAGGAUCUGUAUGUGACCCUGUUCAAUUGUUCAGUGGGGCGGUCCGACUGCAGCCGGUGUCGUACUGCCGAGCCCAAGUACGGCUGUGUUUGGUGUGGUGGUGCUGCUAGCUCUCGCUGUGUGUACCAGGACUCCUGCACCGAGGAGAUCAAACACACCUGUCCCGCACCCGUCAUUCACUUCCUGGACCCAGUGUCCGGUCCCGUAGAGGGAGGGACAGUCGUGACUAUUUCAGGCUCUAACCUCGGCCAGAGAGCUGAAGACAUUCAGAACUCGGUCACAGUAGCCGGGGUCCCCUGCAGCGUCAUCCACAGUAGAUAUGAAGUCUCCUCAAGGAUUGUGUGUGAGACGACAAGCAGUGGAGAAGAGAAGAGCGGCCAGGCCUCGGUCAAAGUGAGGGGAGGAGGACUCGGACUGUCUGCUCAGAUCUUCAGCUUCCAGGAUCCCGUACUUAGCAGCAUCUUCCCCCAAAGAGGGCCCAAAGCAGGGGGCUCCUCUCUCACCAUCAGAGGCCGGAGACUGAGGACAGGACACUUGAGUGAAGUCAGCGUCGUAAUCGGAGGAGAGCCGUGUGUGGUAAUGCCAAACAUCCAGGAGGAUGAGAUCAGCUGUCUGACCAGAGGCAGUAACAGAACAGGAGAACAUGGCAUCACUGUGCGGUUUGGUGGCACGGAGCGCCACCUUCAGGGUCUGGUCUAUCAUUACACCCCCAACCCCAACAUCUCAAUGGCUGCUCCGUCCAAAAGCUUUCUCAGUGGAGGCCGAAUCAUCAGAGUUUCUGGUCAGAACCUGGAUGUGGUCCAGGAGCCGAAGAUGAGGGUCACCCUCAGUCCUCCUGAUACCCUCCCUCCCAGGAGGAGAAGGAGGAGCACCAAAGGGAGGAACGAAGGAAGCCUGAACAGAGAACAGGAUCGUCGGGGUCCGCUGAAGAGGUGGAGGAGGAUCGUCCCAGAGGCCGAAUGCCCCGAGGGUACACUCUGUCACGUCAAACAGUACGAGUCUCGCUGCACAGUGAACGGCUCCUCCCUCAUCUUGUGUCCCACUCCGGCGGUGGGUCCGGAGGCCAGGAGGGCCAGGGUCAAAGUUAAUUUCCUGUUGGACAGUCUCCAUUUUGACUUCAGCACCGUGGGGAAUGAAGCCUUCAGCUACGAGCCCAACCCGCAGCUCUACCUCCUGCAGAACGACCCCAGCAAACCGUACCACCACAAACCUGGCAGCAUCAUCUCUGUCGAGGGAGAGAACCUGGAUCUAGCCAUCUACAAGCACGAGGUGGAGGCUCGGAUAGGGGCGGGGGUGUGUUCGGUGAAGACCCUGACCCACAACCACUUGUACUGUGAACCCCCAGCUCAGCAGCCCUCAGUCCCAGCCAGCAAGAAACAGGAUGGCAUGGACAGUCUGCCUGAGUUCACAGUGAAAAUGGGGAAUCUAAACUUCUCUCUGGGCAGAGUGCAGUACGACAGCCAGGCCCAGUCUACAUUUCCUCUGGAGGCUCAGGUGGGGGUCGGGGUGGGAGCUUCCAUCGUGGCUCUCAUUGUACUCAUCAUAGUCCUCAUAUACAGGAGGAAAAGCAAACAGGCCAUGAGGGACUACAAGAAGGUGCAGAUCCAGCUGGAGAACCUGGAGACCAGUGUGAGAGAUCGCUGUAAGAAGGAGUUCACAGACCUGAUGACAGAGAUGAUGGACAUGUCCAGUGAUUUGGUGGGUUCGGGGAUUCCCUUCCUGGAUUACCGGGCGUAUGCCGAGCGCAUUUUCUUCCCCGGCCACCAGGAGUCGCCACUGAGACGAGAUCUGGAUGUCCCCGAGAGUCGAAGGCAGACUGUGGAGCAAGGGCUGAAUCAGCUGUCCAAUCUGCUCAACAGUAAACUCUUUCUCACCAAGUUUAUUCACACUCUGGAGGUGCAGCGGACGUUCUCCCCGAGGGACCGGGCCUACGUGGCGUCUCUGCUGACUGUAGCGCUGCACGGUAAACUGGAGUACUUCACAGACAUCCUGAAGACGCUGCUGAACGACCUAGUGGAACAGUAUGUGGCCAAGAACCCCAAGCUGAUGCUCCGGAGAACGGAGUCAGUGGUUGAGAAGCUUUUGACGAACUGGAUGUCCAUCUGUCUGUUUACCUUUCUGAGGGAAUCAGCAGGGGAGUCGUUCUAUAUGCUGUUCCGAGCAAUAAAGCACCAGGUGGACAAGGGACCUGUGGACGCCGUGACGGGGAAAGCCAAGUACACGCUGAAUGACAACAGACUGCUGCGAGAGGACGUGGAGUACCGCACGCUGACCCUAAAUGUUGUGAUGCCAGCUACAGCCGCCGGAGGAGGCACUACUACCCAGACGGUACCUGCCAAAGUCCUGGACUGUGACACCAUCACCCAAGUGAAGGAGAAACUUGUGGAACAAACCUGGAAGGGAACCUCCUUUUCCCAGAGGCCACACAUAGACUCGUUACACCUCGAGUGGCGUGCAGGUGUUGCAGGUCACCUGAUCCUGUCAGAUGAGGACCUGACAUCGGUAGUACAAGGCUUAUGGAAGCGUCUUAAUACACUGCAACACUACAAGGUUCCCGACGGAGCGACGGUUGCCCUCGUCCCCAGGAACACCAAAAAUCACCUCCACGACAGCCACGAUUACAUGCCUGGAGAAAAGACCCCCAUGCUGGAUGACGGGGAGGAGGGAGGAGUGAGGCUUUGGCAUCUGGUGAAAGCCAACGAGGAGUCGGAGCUGCCCAAACACAGGAGAGGUAGUCUGAGGGAGAGGGGCGGCGAGAGGGCCAAGGCUAUCCCCGAGAUCUACCUGACACGGCUGCUCUCCAUGAAGGGCACACUGCAGAAGUUUGUGGAUGAUUUAUUCACUGCGAUCCUCAGCACCAGUCGUCCCGUACCUCUGGCUGUCAAAUACUUUUUCGACCUGUUGGAUGAGCAGGCUCUGCUGCACAACAUCACAGACCCUGAGACCAUCCACAUCUGGAAAACCAACAGUUUACCGCUGCGGUUCUGGAUCAAUAUCCUUAAGAACCCACAGUUCAUCUUUGACGUGCAGACCUCAGACCACGUGGACGCCGUGCUGUCCGUCAUCGCCCAGACCUUCAUGGAUUCCUGCACCAUCGCCGACCACAAACUGGGACGGGACUCUCCCAUCAACAAGUUGCUGUACGCCAGAGACAUCCCGCGCUACAAACAGAUGGUGGAGCGGUAUUACGCAGACAUCCGUCAGACCAUCUCCGCCAGUGACCAGGAGAUGAACUCAGCUCUAGCAGAACUCUCUCGUAAUUACGCUGCCGAGGUCAACUGCCUGGUGGCUUUACAUGAGCUGUACAAGUACAUCAACAAAUACUAUGAUCAAAUUAUCACGGCCCUGGAAGAGGACCCCACAGCCCAGAAGAUGCAGCUCGGUUACAGGCUCCAACAGAUUGCAGCUGCUGUAGAAAACAAAGUCACAGACCUAUGACCCAAAGGACGGGAUGGAUUUUUCUUUUAACCUUGAAGAGAGGACAACGACGGGAGAAGGUUCUGUCUCCUGGAG